AUGAAGAAGAAGAAGAAGAAGAAGAGUGUGUUUGUCACCGUGGGCACGACAUCGUUCGAUGCGCUCGUUGAAGCCAUGGACUCGGAGGAAUUGAUCCAAACGCUCAUCGAACGAGGGUACGAUUCUCUCACCAUCCAACGCGGAAGAGGCACGUACCUGCCGAAGCACAUAGUUACUUCAACGUCGUCGGAAAGAAGCUCUGCUAUUAAAGUUCAAGUCGUCGAGUUUCUUCCUUCUUUAGAUGCCAUUUUAAAGGAGGCGUCUUUGGUCAUCUCACACGCCGGCGCUGGUAGUGUUUUCGAGUCCUUAUCGUUGGGAAAACCUACGCUAGUCGUCGUGAAUGAAUCCUUGAUGGAUAACCAUCAGGUAGAGUUGGCGGAAACGUUGGCAUCUUUGGGACACGUCGCGUGGACAAAGCCCGAUGGAUUAUUGCAGGCAUUGAACGCGUUUGACCCUAACUCGCUCAUAUAG